AUGAUACUAAGACAAAUAAGACGCUUUCAUAAUAAGAACUUCAAACUUUCUGUUGACCCAAGUGUCAAUUCCCUGUUUUCGGAGCUCAAGAUGGUUCCCAGGGUUACAGAUGUGCUUCCAAAUAUCAAAAUCAAUCCCAAUUACCCCACGACCACUCAAAGGAAGAUUCUUUCGGUAUUAUCUGCAAAGUAUUCCUUGUUGUCACGUCACCAUCCUGGGACAGGCAAAUCUAUGUCAUUCUUACUUCAUUCACUAAAUUUGCGUGUGAACAAGGUUCUGAACAAUGCCACUUUGAAGAACAAAAACGAUAUUCUUCCUUCAGGAUUACUACUAAUGAACUCCGCUAAUUGUGUUUUGCAAUGUCGUGAUUUGUUCAGGAAAAUGUACCCUACCCCUAAUGAUUUGCCAUUUUCUGUUGAGUUCUUGUAUAGAAGUUCUGAAUCGGAAGUGGAAGAAAGACAAGUCGAGUCGCUAUUAUCCAAUUCUACAAAAUGUCAUUUAAUCGUCAGUACCCCCUCAAGGUUGUUAGAUAUUAUUUCUCAGUCCUCCCCUUCUUCUUUGCCUGAUUUGCAGAAUCUAAGAUUUAUUGGUGUCGAUGAUGCUGAUUCCCAGCUAUUGGAUGCUAAUAAUGAAGAAAUCAUUGAUUAUAAUCAACCUCAUAAAGCUCAGCCUGCGGAAUUACUUAUUGAUUAUUUAGUGAAGAACAAUAGAAAAUCAGAAUUUCUUCAGCUAGGUUUCCUAAACUCUACUAGCAUUAACGCAAAUCUACGAUCUUUUCUUGAACAUAAAACUGAUGCUUGGUUUUCGGGCAAAGAUACUAAGAGUAACAACUGUGUUACUAUUGGAGCACCAGAAAUUGAUAUAUACAAAACAAUCUCAGGAAGACGCAUCCUGAAAGAUAUUGAAGUUAUCGGAAUUGCUACCAGUAAAUCUGAAGAGAACCAAGUCAUAUUGAAGAAUAUCAAAAUUCCUGAUAUCCCUGAAGCAGGAUCACAAUUAUUGAAAGAAAUAUCAUCACCGGAAACACAAAAAUUUGAUAAAGAAUUCAAAAAAUACAGACUUUCUGCAGAUGUGAAGUCAAAAAUCAACAAUGAGCAAUUCUUGAAUGAAAGUUUUGAAUCCUUAAGAUUUUUUCUCAAGGAUAUAUUGGGAAAAAAAGAGUCGCCUCUUUUAGUGAUCCCCGACACAAUUUCCAUUUUAAAAGUACAAGAAUUGUUGGUGAACAAUAACAUUGAUAGUAAAAUAUGGAAGAUAAAUGGUCCUAGCGAUAAAUUGUAUUCAACAUUCGAAGAUUUCAUGAAACAUAAAGCAGGUGAGAAUCCAAAAAUAUUGAUUAGCUCCAUGCAUGGCAUUGGUGGUAUCACCUUCCCACAGUUGAAGACUAUCAUUGGAUUUGGCAUCGAUACAUUCAAGGAUUCAAAUGCCUUCGUGAAAUUGGCCUCAAGAUUACGUUAUUGGCGUAAAGGAUUGGUGGAUCCUGUCAAAGAAUUCACUUAUGUUUUAGAUCAAAUGGAUAAACCAUCCGAAUCAACAGGCAACGCUGUCGAAUCAGAGGAAACAAUACAUGAGACUGGCAAAAAUGAGGUCAAAAAUACGAGCAAAAUUAUCCUAUUUACUAGCAAAAAGGACUUCUGUGCAAGAGAAGCGUUGGCAUUAUACAGAACCAUUCUUAAGAGUGGACUAAAGCGGUUGAAUCCCAUUAACCGGUGCCCCGUUGAAACGCUCUCCGACUACAAUUUCGAUUCGAAGCAAGACCAGGCGUAA